GCGCCGGCGUCGGGAGCCCGGUGCACGGGAGGCGGUUGGCCGGCAGGUGUACUGUGCCAUGGGGCUGGGUUCGCCUCCCAAAGCUCCCCCUCCAGUCAGUCUCUGAGCCUCAGUGUCCCCCGUUGGAGUGCUGAUCCCCUAUUCUGAUGCUGGUUUAGAUUUCCGUGGGUGCCCUGUCCCCCAGCACGUCCCGGAGCAGCAGUUAAGUGCAGCCCCGACUCAGGUUGAGCGCCUGCUUAGCGCCAGGAACUGUUUUCCUCGUCUUGAACUCAACUGUGACUUUUGCAUGGAGGGUUUUUCUCCCCAUUUUACAGCCUAGGAAAGCGGAGAGCCCGCGUGUAAAAGGUGAUGUUGUACCUAGGCCAAGGACAAAUAACUGGUAGGCGGCAGAACUGGGAUUUGCUCCAAAACUCUGUGCCAUGAGAAAAUAUUUGUCCUGUGGACCAGUGGCUCUCAGCCCAGGGGCAAUUUUGCCUCCUAGGGGAUACGUGGCAAUAUCUGGAAACCUAUUUGGAUAUCACAGUCGGGGAGAUAGCUGCUGGCAUCUGGUGGAAAGUGGCCAGGGAUGCUGAUAAACCUUUCACACGCCAUGGGGCAGCUGCCACAGUACGGAGGUAUCCAGCCCCACAUGUGGCUAGUGCAGAGGUUUGCAAACCGGACAGUGGACAUGCAAGUCUUCAUUGAGCGCUUGCUGUAUGACAGGCCACUUCUAAUUCAUAUUCCUAGCAACCCCUAGUGGGGAAGAGCAGUUACCAGUCCUGUAUUACAGGUGGAGAAAUUCAGCCCACACAGGGGCAAGUCAUGUCAAGGUCACACAGUGGAUAAAUGGCAGAGCUGAAAGUAGAAGCCAGGCAGCCAAGGUCCAGAGCCCACCUCUUAACCAUUUAAUUACCUGAAGGCGCCCUGCAGAAGUGCUGGUUGCAACCUACGUGGGCUCUGGAGUCACGCGAUUCCAGGCGCUGCUGUCCCUGUGGGGCUUACGGACCCCAUGGAAGUCCUGUCUCCCCAGCCUGUGAAGCAGGAAGGCCAAACUGCCGAGGGCCUGACCCUGGACUCACCAUGGCACCGCUUUCGCCACUUCCAUCUGGGUGACGCACCAGGCCCCCGUGAAGCCCUGGGCCUGCUGCGCGCCCUGUGCCGAGACUGGCUGCGGCCUGAGGUGCACACCAAGGAGCAGAUGCUGGAGCUACUGGUGCUGGAGCAGUUCCUGAGCGCCCUCCCUGCUGACAUCCAGGCCUGGGUGUGCAGCCGGCAGCCCCAGAGUGGGGAGGAGGCUGUGGCCCUGCUGGAGGAGCUCUGGGGACCAGCGGUGAGGGCACCUCAGGAUGUGGCAGAAGGCUCCAGGGUGAGCGUUGGAAAAGAUGAUGGUGGGAUGGUGCCCUUAGGAGAUGCGGCCUCCGGGGUUGAGGUGCUGGCAACGGGGGACGCCCAGGCCCUGCGCCCCUACAAGCAGGAGCCAGGCAGUCCUCCACCGGCCCCCGCGGCGCCCCCUGCGCCCGGCCUGCCUGCCUUCCUGGCUGCCCCGGGCACUACCUCCUGCCCCGAGUGCGGCAAGUCUGCCCUGAAGCCCGCCCACCUGCUGCGCCACCGGCAGAGCCAUUCGGGUGAGAAGCCGCACGCCUGCCCCGAGUGCGGCAAGGCCUUCCGGCGCAAAGAGCACCUGCGGCGCCACCGCGGCACGCACCCUGGCGGCCCUGGGCCAGCCCUGCGCCCGCUGCCCGCGCGUGAGAAGCCGCACGCCUGCUGCGAGUGUGGCAAGACCUUCUACUGGCGCGAGCACCUGGUGCGCCACCGCAAGACGCACUCGGGGGCGCGGCCAUUCGCCUGCUGGCAGUGCGGCAAGGGCUUCGGGCGCCGUGAGCACGUGCUGCGCCACCAGCGCAUCCACGGCCGGGCGGCGGGCGGUGUGGGCGCGGCGCCCGGGCCUGGGAGCGGGGCCCCCUUCCCGGCCUGGCCCCUGGGGUAGCCACCGCCCGCCGGCCCCUCUUGGCCCACAGCCCUCCUCCUACGCUGGCUCCUGUCUGAACUGGCAGGCGCUCUCACCUUCUGUUUCCUCUGCUCUUUCUGUCCUGGUCCACGCUUCCCUGUUGGGUUCUCGCAGCCUCCCAGCCCCUCCCAUUCCGUUCAGGUGCGUCCAUAAGCCCCGCCUCCCUCUUCCCUCUUCACUGCUGCCUGGGAGCCCAGGAGCAGAGCACAGGGCAGGGGCGGCGGGCAGGCCCUGGAUCCAGAGGAGACCGAAGGAAGGUGACCCCUCUCCAGCGGGGGAGGGCAAGGGGAAGGGGCGACGCCUUUGACGGGGUGGACCAGGCUCUGCUAGUGAGCUCCUUGAUCUUGCCCCUCUCUGCGGUUGGGAAGGCAUGUGAUGGACAGAGAUGCCUGUUCCUGGGAAGCGCCGCGGAGACAAUUCACCAGCAUCUGGAGAGUAAUAAAGUUAUUGAUGAGAGGUG